AUGGCAAGCAUCUUGCAGGCGCUUCAGAUGAUUACGGCCAACGGCGGGUUCAUAUGCGGCGGCUCCCUCAUCACCAAGCGCCUGGUGCUCACAGCAGCGCACUGCGUCGUGGGGGGGAACCCGCCUACCGCCGUGCUGGUGGGCCUCUACAACUGGAACACGGACAAAUCGAACCAGUACCAGCAGAUUGGCAUUAAGCGCAUUUUGAGGCACCCCAGCUACAAGGGCUCCACCCUAGCCUAUGACAUAGCAGUGUUGCGGCUGGCAUCUAGGGCAAAGGCAAAGCCGCUGGCGCUGGCCCCGGCCGGCAAGCGGCUCAGUGCCGGCAUCUCGCUGCUGGUGGCGGGGUGGGGAGAAACAGAGGCGGUGCCUGUGUCGCCGCAGCUCAAGGCUGCCUGGCUGCCGCUGCAGCCCACUGGUGUGUGUGCCAGGCGGAUGUGGAUGCCGCCCACCGCCAUCUGCCUUGGCAACGGCGCACUGAAGCGGGCGGGGUGCAGCGGGGACUCUGGGUCUCCCAUCAUCCUGUACACCCCCGGCAAGCCGGACCUGCAGGUUGGCCUGUACAGCUUCAUGCCAGCAGACUACAAGUGCGGCGGCACAGGCAACCUGGGCGCUGCCACCAGCACCAUUAAGCUGCGGCGCUGGCUGAACAGUGCCAUCAAGCAGCUGGGGGCGUGA